AGAUAAUUACUAGUGAUAACUUCGUGUAGCGGCGUCGAAAACGUUUUGAUUUGACGUGUUGUGAUGUGAAUCUAAAGAUUAUUAUAAGUGUUUUCAACAUGCUAUUUACAAGUUUCUUACAAGUCGAACAAUGAAUAUUGCAGACAGUGAUGUGAAUUUAAUAGUGUAUUUGUGUAUAGGUAAUACAAUGAACAGCAUCUUUUAUGAUGUAGAAGCAGCGUGUUCCAUCAACUAAAAGAAUUCCGAACAUUACAUUAUUUCAAUGUAUGUAGGUUACGUUCAUUAAAUAAGAUAAUUAAAAAAUGUAUGCAAAAGGAAAAGGAUCAUCUGUGCCGUCCGAUGCACAAGCGAGAGAAAAAUUAGCACUGUACGUGUAUGAAUAUUUAUUGCACGUUGGUGCACAGAAAGCUGCACAAACGUUUUUAUCAGAGAUACGAUGGGAGAAAAAUAUUACUUUAGGAGAACCUCCAGGAUUUUUACAUUCUUGGUGGUGCGUAUUUUGGGAUUUAUAUUGUGCUGCUCCUGAAAGGAGAGAUACUUGUGAACAUUCAUCAGAAGCAAAAGCCUUUCAUGAUUACGGUUUCGUAAAUUCAGGUUAUGGAGUAAAUGGAAUUGCUCACAAUACAGGACCUGCACCCAGCCCCUUGGGACAGAUGCCCCCUUCAGAUGGCAUGCCUAGCGGUCCAUUGCCCCCAGGAUUUUUUCCAAAUUCUACGUUACGUCCGUCACCGCCAACUCAUCCUUCAAGUCAGCCUUCACCACAUUCGCAACCACCACCUCCACAUUCUCAAAUUAUGACAUCCCAGCCUUUUAUGGGUCCACGAUAUCCAGCUGGACCCAGACCUGGUGUCAGAAUGCCCCAAAUUGGCAGUGACUUCAAUGGACCUCCCGGUCAACCAAUAAUGAAUAAUAUGGAUCCCACUAGACAAGGUCCUCCAACAGCAAUGAAUCGAAUGAAUCCACCAAGGGGGCCUUCUAUGGGUCCAUUGGGGCCAGGUACUUAUGGUCCAGGGUUACGAGGACCACCCCCUAAUAGCAGUCUGGGUCCUGGAGGUCCUAUGCCACCUAUGACUAUGACAGGACCAGGAGGGAGGCCUCAGUGGCAACCCAAUACGUCAACACCCAUGAAUUAUUCCUCUUCAUCGCCGGGUAAUUAUGGAGGUCCCCCGGGAUCUGCAGGACCCGCCGGACCUGGUACUCCAAUAAUGCCCAGUCCCCAAGACUCGAGCAAUUCGGGUGGGGAAAAUAUGUACACAUUAAUGAAACCAGCAGUAGGAGGUAAUAUGCCAGGAGACUUUCAGAUGGGGGGAGGACCAGAUGGUUCAGGGCCUAUGGGACCGAUGGGACCCAAUUCAAUGGGUCCAGUAUUAAAUGGUGAUGGUAUGGAUGGUAUGAAAAAUUCACCUGCGAAUGGAGGUCCCGGAACGCCGAGAGAGGAUAGUGGUAGUGGAAUGGGGGAGUACAAUAUAGGCUUUGGCGGUCCGGGUGAAAAUGACCAAACGGAAUCAGCUGCUAUUUUGAAAAUAAAAGAGAGCAUGCAAGAGGAGGCCAAGAGGUUUGAGAAAGACUCGGACCAUCCUGAGUAUUUCAUGCAAUAAAUUGCCUCGCCUCUUUGGCUGGUGGACGCCUGUUUUUUCUACUUAACCUGUACUAACACGGGCGGUGGUGUGCUCAAUACUCAGCUCUUCCAUGCGCCAGGGCCACCGACUUCACUAGUCAUGAGUGUUCUGUUCUGUUUGCAGAUAUUCCUUUGAGGCUGAGCUGAGAUAGAGCAAACCGGCCCCACCCCUGGACUGACCAUCAUUCGAAUACAUGUGCAUCUCAACGUUAUGGUUCUUCAAUUUUCCGCCACUUUUGUACACCAUAGUCACAAGACAUGAAACAUUCUAAUGUCCACCAGCCUAGGCAAGGUUGGAUAUAGUCAUUAGGGAUGCAUCUAAUAUUCGAUUUGAUGUCCAGUUGGAUACCCAGUGCGGAUAUCGGAUGACAAUGUAUUAUAAGUUCAAAUUUUUAAUUUGUGAGUACUCUGUUCCUUUAUAAUAGGAGUAACUGAUAUAUGUAAAUUUUACUGAUGAUGAUAAAACAAAAAAUUCUCUAUCAUUAAAUUUAUUAUUAUAUUUCGCAAUUUUUCCCAGUCGUAUUAUUCAUUAGCUAUAUUUUAUGAAAUAUUUUUGGAAUUAGUGAAAACUGCAUUAUAACACAACCAGUUUAUAGACCCAAUGUAUAUAAUAUAUGUAAUAUUUUAUAAAAAUAUUCGUAUAAAUCAUAGAUGUACUUAUGACUCAUUAGAUGAAUGUAUAUUAUUUGAUUGUUGAUAGAGUUCAACAAAUUAUAUAAGCUUAUCCCUUCAGAUAUCUCAUUUUGCAACGGAAUCUACACAUGUUUACUAACUAAUUUUUAGAGUUUAUAAACUCACUUAAAGAUCAUAUUCUGCGUCAAUCCAAGCACUUAUAUAUAAUGUCUUGUCCGAAAGCUGAAAACAUAUAAAAACGUUUCCUCAUUAAUAAGUGUCAUUAAAUAAAAAAUAUUGAGUUUUAGAUUACUAAAGAUUAUCAUAUCUAGACAAUUCUAGUUUUUUAUAUAACCUCUAGAAUUCAAUAAGAUCAUAAUUUCUCGAGUUUUUUUGGAAAUAGUUACUUACCAAUUUUCUGUAAAUGGGGUUUUAACGAUGUAGGAAUUUCUGCAUUAAUUGAAUGGAAUUAACAGUUCGUUAAAGUUUCAAAAUGAUUUAUGAUGAUCAUCAGGACAUUAUAGUCAAAAUUUUUGCCAGAUAUGAAUAUCUAAUAAGUCCUCUUAUGAUACUCCAUAGAAAAGUUUAUUUAUUUAACUAAAAUAAAGUAUAUACAUGCAGAUAAGGCAUCAAUGCAGAACUGGAAGAAAGUGCUAUCUCUCUGUAAAAUGUCAAAGUAAAGUUAGAGACAUUUUGCUCGAUUAACAAAAUUUUACUUCUGUAAGUCAAUCGUUUUGAAAUGUCUCUAAUUGAAUAUUUCUUAACCAGAAAGAGCGCCACAUCUUUGUUGUCAUCCGAUAUCCAUUUUCUUACAUUAGAAACAGUCUCCCAAAUAUAUACAAAUUUUAUAAAAAAUAUUGUGGGUUUGUGUUAUUUGCUAAACAUUUAUUAUGUAUCGCAUUUUCAAAAAAAACAGCAGCGCAUUGGAGCAUAGUUUAUAAAUUCUAUGGUAAAUCAAAAGACAUAUAUGUGUUAACUUAUAUCUAGUUAUUAAUUGAAACAAUUAUACAUAUAUAUUAUUUUGUUUAUGGUUGACUUGGUGUUUGUAAUAUUCCGGAAAUAUAAUAUACAUAUAUAUAUAUAUAUAUAUAUAUAUAUAUAUAUAUAUAUAUAUAUAUAUAUAUAUAUAUAUAUAUAUAUAUAUAUAUAUAUAUAUGUCUCUGACGCUAGAUUUGAAACAUGUUUGAAUUAUUUAUUUUCGAGUUUUUUUUUUAAAUAGGAAAUGUUAAAAUAAUUUAGUUGGUAAGUCAUUAAUUGUUUUACUUAUAACAGUGAAAUAAAUACACAUAAACCAGUAAAAAAAUGAUAUCCCAAUACGUACAAGAUUUAUAUAUAUAUAUAUAUAUAUAUAUAUAUAUAUAUAUAUAUAAUAUCACCCUAAUUUUUCAUUUCUUCAUUUGGGUGAUUGUUUCCAAUAUUUAUUUUAUGUUGUAUCCUGAUUUAACUGAAUAAUUGGUUAGCUUCGGGAGUAAAGAUGAGAUAUACAGUUCUUAAAGGUUUUAGAUUUUAUGUAAGUGAAAAUUACUGGAAUCAUUUAUGGAUAUUGGUGGUUAUUUUAGGUAUGAGGGCUUAUCUCAUUUUUGCUACAUUACUUAUUGUACGAUUGUAAUUUUAUAUAAAUUUGAUAAAGCUCCUAUUAAAUAGGAACAAGGUUGUUACAAUUAAUGUAGGAGAAGUAUAAAAUUUAACAAAUAGAAUUGUUAAAAUCCGGGAUACAUUUUUAAUCACAUCCGUAAUUUUAAAAUCCUUUAUGGGGAUGUUUAUUUCCAAUUAUCCUAUUUAUGAUACAAAUUUUCUUAUGAACGCUCCCAAAAUUAGAACUUAAGUUUAAAAAUUUUCCUAUUGCAGUAUUUUGGAAUUAUUUGUGUUGUCCUGCAUAUUACUUAAGUUUCAAUCACUCAUAAAACUUUUUUAUUAUUACUUUAAGAGAAAAUCGUUAUUUAUAAGAAGUUAUACACGACUAAUAACCAUAGAAUUUGUUGGCUACAUAAUAGCGAACAAAUAAUACUCGUCCUUUUGAAAAAGUAGCCUUAUUGAGUAGUAGUAGCCUUGGUUGAGAGAGCAAAAUUCCAAUCGUGGUAUAAGUUUUUUCGGAAAGUAAAUUUCGGUUUGACAUAAAAAGAAAAAAGCAAAUAUAUGUAUUAGUUUUUGACAUAGCUUCCUUGAUUUUCUAGGCAUUUGUAACCUAACCUAACCUCUCUAUUUUGUAUUGACCACCAGUGACUUCCACAGUUGAAAAUAUAAAUCAUUAUAGCUAAGGACGAGAUUGUGGCUGUACGGAGGAUAGUUCCCAUCAAAAUCGGGUCUUUCCUUGAAAAGCUUAUUGCCGUUUUUACGUACAUACACUGGAUAUCGUUUAUAACGACCUUCAAUGGACCAGGCACAUUUGGUCGCUAUAGCCGAUCGUCGUUAUAACCGAUCAUGACAUCUACAUUAAGCAAAUGUGAAAUAGGAAUUUUGUUAAAUCAAUUACACAUUGUCAACAUAAUAAUAAUAGAAUUUUUUAUUGAUAAUGAUAUAAAACUUAAUUUUUUAAAAUAAUUAACAUAAAUAAAAGGAAAAUCAAUUUCGAGCUGAAAAGUAAUCGGUAAUAACUUUUUGUUUUUUACAUUUUUUUAGAUAAAACUCGCGCGAAAUUUUUUUUUCGAUUUCAUCAAGUCCAGAUUUUAUAUUCUGAGUACAAAAUUGAUUGUCACACAUCACAAAUUUCUUCAAAAGUUGUGCCGCCCUCAAUGCGUCGGUUAACGGUGGGAUGUCAAGUUGUUGUUCUUCUUCAUCCUCUUCUCCAUUGUCGGUUUCAAUAUCGGCGUCAAGUUCAUUGAUAAGGUCCUCAUCACUAAUAUCUUGUUCCGUGUGGAGACCCUCGUCAAUUUUUGCAUAGUCUGCUAAGACAUCUUUAUUUAUUAAGGUUGGCAGUUCUAAGGAUUCGGACCACGGCAAAAACUCAGGUUCAUCCAGUGCGUUAGUUUCGGCUGGUUCUGACGGUUGUUCCUCAUUUUGAUUUCCCAGCACACCAGAAUGUUUGAAACAAUUUGUGAUUGUUGUCGCAGGUACAUCUUCCCAAGCUUGGUGGACCAUUAUAAUAGCAUCAAGGAUGCUAAUUUUUGUUUCCCGAUUUUCCUCCACAUCUUGAAGAAACCGUAAAACAAGCUGCUUUCUGAAAUUGGUUUUAAUCUUCUGUAUUAUCCCUUGGUCCAUUGGCUGGAGAACGGACGUUGUGUUAGGUGGUAAAAAUACAACCUUUAUAAAUUCAAAAUCUCUCAAAUUAAUAUGAGAAGGGCAAUUAUCGAUGAGUAGCAAAAUCUUUCUGCGCUUUUUCUUCAAUUCCUUGUCCCAGUCUAAAAGGAAUUUAUUGAACAGAUCGGUUGUCAUCCAGGCUUUCUGGUUAUUGUAAUAAUCGACUGGCAAAUUUUUUACAUUUUUGAAGCAAUGCGGGUUCUUAGACUUUCCUAUCACGAAAUGCUUACGUUUUUCUGAUCCACUCAUGUUUGCAGCAACUAAAACAGUUAUCCUUUCUUUCGAAAGUUUCCCGUUUGAACAUUUUUCUCCUUUGAAGUGAAGGGUACGGUCAGGCGUAAGUUUAUAAAAUAAACCUGUCUCAUCAGCGUUGAAUACGUCACUAUCACUGUAGCCUUCUCGAAUAGUAGGCCAAACUUUGGAUAGCCAAUCAUCAGAUGUUGCCUAUGGGACUCCCGCGGCUUCCCCACUAAGUUUUUUAAAAACAAUGGCAUGCCUAACGCAAAACCGUUGGACCCAACUUCUGGAAAUAAUUUCUUCCGAUUCCCUGGAACUACGGGGGAUAGAUUUUAAAAAAUCAUUCGCUUUUGCUAGCAGAAUUGGGCCAGAGAUCGGAAUAUUACGACUGCGUUGGAUUUUGAACCAUUUCAAAAGUAACUGAUCCACAUUCUCGUUAGUGGAAUUACGGAGUGUCUUUUUUUUUAAUGAAUCCCCUUUUUGAACAAUGUCUUUUAUCUCAUCUCUUUUUUUCCAAAUGGAUGAUAUUGUAGAGUGACUCACCUUUAAUUCUUUUGCUAGGCUGACGUUCGUUUCUCCAUUCUCUAGACGGCAGCAAAUGAGAUAUUUCUCCUCCAACGUAAAAGUUUUUCUUUUAAACAUGAUGUUCGCAAGUUACCACACAGAGUUGAAUGUUAAAGUUAAACUACAUAAGCAAAGAGUGAACAGUCAGAAAAGUCCCCACCACUUCAAAACCCGAUCGAAAAAGGUUUCCUAGAAAAAUUAGGGAUUUUUGUACGCAAUUUUCUCCUUAUGAAUUACUGGUAAACACCCAGAAAAGUCCUCACCAGUUUAAAACCUGAUUUUCUAUCAAAAGGGGUUUCCUAGAAAAAUAAAGGCUUUUGUAGACAAUGUCUCCUUAUGAAUUACAGGAACGGCGUCGCUAAAACCGAUCUUUUAAUUUGGUGUGUCUUACCAAAAUGAGUUGUUAUAACCGAUCAGUCGUUAUAACCGAGGUCGUUAUUUCCGAUCAAAAAUGCGUUGCUAAGGCUUGUAGAAUCACGGGUCCGGAAAAUAUGGUCGCUAUAACCGAUACGUCGUUAUAACCGAUGUUGUUAUAAACGAUAUCCAGUGUAUUAUUAAUUUGUCGAUGAAUUUCAUUUGGUUUGACGGUUCUCGCAUUCAAAAAAGUUAUUACCGAUUCAAUUCUACAAGCAGUAGGUUUAUGAACGAGCGUACAAUACACAACAACUUCAUAAUUAUCAUGAUCGUACCGCUACCGCGGAGUAUAAUGGAAAUGGAACUUCACGAAUUCACCGUAUAUUAUUCCCUUGCUUGUGAAGUGUGUAUGAAACGCAGAUACUGCUUAUUUAUUUACCACUAUAUAUGUACUUCUGAUAUAGAUUUCCACCCCUUUUCACCAAUGUUUUUAACCCAGUUCUUCACUGUCGACCAACUUCCGCAGUUUAUUAAAAUUUUAAAUAGUUGCAUUAGUGUGAAUUUAUUUACUAUUUUUGUAACUAUUGAUUAACCAACAUUCCUUUGUGAUUAUUAAAAAUGAUUAUGGGUUUUAUAGUUGCCUCCAACAACUUCGUCUUCACUUGGUAAUAACGAUAUUUUUUUUAUUUAUUUAUAUUUAUGUAUUUUAUAUGAUAAAUUUUUAUAAUUUACCAUCCCAAGUAGUACUUAUAAUUAUGGACAACAUUUUAUGAGAAACAACUUUUUUCCUGAAAUUAAUAAUAACAAAUUUUGGGUUUUUACAUACAUCUCUGUGCAAUUAGAAAGAAGUUCCUAUUUUGGGUGCUUAUCUCUUUUGAAAUGAAGACCUUUUAAUAUAACUCUAUAUUUAUUAAUUCUUCUAUCCUGGAUAUGUUCCAAAUUUUACAAUAUUUAAUUUUAUAUGAUUUUUAUUUUCCCAGUGUUUUAAAAGUAUUGUGUACAAAGAGGAUUUAUUGUCAGAAAUGGUACCAUAAAUGAUUUCAAUAUUCUUGUUCUAAAGAAUUGAAUAACAUUUUAUUAUAUUUAAAGUUGAAAUCACAAAUAUGAGCCGCUUAGUGCACACAUUGAUUAACUCCAUAAAACGAAAAGUUGACUAACGCGAUGAUGUAAUUGUUUUCAAAAAAUUCCUCUGAUAAUAUGAAUUCAACUAUAUAAUGUAGAAUCUGUAAUUGCAGAUAUAGCUUUCAUCUAACGGUAUAUAAAAUUAAUAAGAAAAAAUAGCCAACAAACAAUCGUCAGUAAUGUUACAGUUUUUAUGUGACUGGUGGCAACUGAAAAAAGUAAUGAAGUUAAAUUUUAUCUUUACAUUUUAGAGUUUUUUAUUACAGAAAAAGUUAGUUAUUAUACAUUUUUAUCACAGCUUUUCCAUAAAAAUGAAUGUUGGCAGUUCGGUUAUAAUAUAUUUUUUUUAAUUAAUUCAUAGCAGCUUUAUGUUAGCGGCAUUAUUGUUUGGGAUGAUUCAGCAAUAAUAUAAAUAAUGUCUUCAUCAGCUGUAUGCGAGGAUUCGUCAUUUCUAUUUGUUGACAAGUUGUUAUAGUAAUUGUGUUUAACAGGAUGAAUGAAUUUUAGUAGGUCCAUCAUGUCUUUCCAUUUCUCCUUUGUCACAGUUCUACCUUCAGGAUAUAAUAAAGGCUGAUCUAUAUUUUUUAAACUUUGCGAUCUACCCACUAAAGAUUUUCUUUUAUUAACCCAUUAACGCCGAGAAUAAAAAAAUUUGUUUUUCAUUUUUUUUCCCAAAAAAUAUUAGAUUUCAUAAUUUUGGGACUAAAAAAAUAUCAACAUUAAUAUUGUCCCUCUAGAAGUAAUUGUACAAAAGGCCGUACCCAUAUGGGACCGCUAGGCGCUUUCCGUAAAUUUUUAUAUUAAAUUCAAAAUUCUUUAAAAAAAGUUCAACUCUUAUUUAUUCAUUUAUUUUACAUGAAAAAUUCUAAAACACUCUAACAUAGCCCCACAUCACAUUUACUGCACAUUUUUGUUCCUUUGCUCGAACAACCAGUACUGGCACACCUUCUUCUUUUGCCUCCAGGAACAUGUUGGAUAUAAUGGUGUAAGCCAUCAUAUCUCACGUCGCUACCAACUCUUGAGUCGCUUGCAGCUGCCGUGGCUACUUUUCCUAUGGAUUUCGGUGGUUUCUUAUAUUUUGUAAGAUAUGUCUGUAAAAAUCAAAUUUUAUCAUGAUAUUUUCUAAAAGACUAAGACAGAUCUACCUGCACUAUACUUCUAAAAUCGAGUUGGCUGAUGUUUCUCCCAGUUUUUCUGUACAGCGUCCAUGCGUUCUGUAUUGUAACAUCCACCAUAUAAGUAAAGAUGGGCCAGUACCACUUCUUUCCACGGAGCCGAUGCGGUAACUGAAAUUAGUAUGAAGUCGAUUCUAAGUUUUAUCCAUCAAAUCGGUUCCACCCAUAUUUUUGUUGUAUUGUAGAGCAAGGUCUGGUCUAGAUACAUAUAUGUUUUUUCGAUCUUUCCUAGAAAAUCUUUCGACAGAUUUUAUUGGUGCCACACAGAAAUUAGUGCUGACCAAUGUAACAACGCUGUUGUCCAUCCACCUUAUGUAUAAAAUCCCGCAUGUUCUUUCCAAAGCGGAGUUAAUAGCGCCUCUAGCUCUUUUUGAAAAUGUCUUCUUGUCUUCAAUUGGACAGUCUCGUGGAAUUCUAUUUUCCCUAAUUGUUCCCGUUCCACUAUAGCCGUUGUUCUUCAAAGUAUUCAAAAGAUUGGUACCAGAAAAAAGAUUGUCGAAAAAAAAAUUAUAACGACGAAAUUUUCUCUCGCCUAAUUCGUCAAUCAUUAGAACAAGUGGUGCUGCAGCUUUGCCAAAGAGUUCUUCGUACUUUUUAAUGGCUCUUGGAUUCUUUCCUUGAUAAAUUUCGAAAUUUAUCAGGUAACCACUAGGUGUGUUGAGGCUCUUAUAAAUUGUUUGCACCCGUGCGGGCCGUAGUACUUUAUCAUUGACUCGUCGUAACAAAGAUUUUGCUCUGGUACAAAAUGUUGAAUAAAUUUUUGUUUUAAAGCGUCUGUCAAUAAACCUAACUUAUACAUUUUGUCUAUAGUAUUAUUAUCUGCGAAAUGUAUAAAACGACAAAUUUGCAAAAAUCUGUCCCUCCGCAAACAAGCUCGUUCCUCAUAUCUUUGGCUGUUUUCCAAUAGCUUCUCUUUUGGAAGGUAAAGGAUUAUAUCCACUGAUUAUAAGAAUUCCAAUGAAAACUUUAAAUUCUUCAAUAGAGAUAUUUGGAUCAGGAUUGGUUUUUGAAAAGGGAGUAAUUUUUUGUUUGAAGUUCUAUUGCUGCUAGCGACUCAUUUGAGAAAAAGAGCUCAAACAUUUCAACGCAAGUCAAAGAAGUGUAUGCACUGUAGUCACCUGGUAAAAAUUCUUCUGAAGAAGGUGUCAAAUCUCCAAUAGUAAAUUCAAAAUUUGUUGGGCGCGGGGUCAGAGCAAUAUUAUCAGGAAAAUCGGGACUUGAGCUAGUGCUGGGUUUUUGAAAAUCGGUUGCUUCUGCUGCAGGAAAAUUCUCCUUAGUACCUCCAAUUCUCGUAUUAUCCGCAAGAACAAUUUCUGCACCAGCAUUUAGUUGUCUCCUAUUAAGAUUGUCAAUAAGACCACCUUCAUCUUCAUUUCCCGAAUCUUCGUCAGAUAAUACAUUGGAUUCGGGAGGUUCUAUGUAAACUGCGGAAACUACUUCGGCUAUCAGACUCAUUAUAAGCAAUGUAUAAUGCCUCUUUCAAUGUAAUUCCACUAAAAGAAGAAGAAAAUAUGUUUUGAAUCAUUUUGUCUUGCAAAACGCCUAUGGGACCACUCACGUUUACAACUAAUUUAAAAAAAAAUUGGAAAAGAAAUUUACUAAAUAUGGUGCCGCUAGGUGCUAAUGGGGCUAAGGGCUUGAAAUUCUGUAUCUUCACUCUAGUCACAUUUAAAUUGUAUGAAAUAGCGUUUGGACCUUUCUAACUUUAUCCAGCGUAUUUUAAGCCAAUAAUUAAUAAUUAUAAAUAAAAUAUAUUUAAUUUUUUUAAACAAUACCAGCUUCGAGAAAAAAUUGUAUUCUUGGAAGUAAUACAUCACGCCGAGAACGUGGAUUCGGUGUGGAAGUUAAAUUUUAUAAAUUUCCUGAGAGCGUGUUAGGAGCCUCAUGGAAAAUAUUAAAACGUAAACAGUGGAUGAAUGCAGUGAAAAAUUACGUGUAAGUACAAUAUUAAUUAUAAUUUAUAAAAACGAACUGCACCAUUCAGUAAAAUUAUAACCUUUAAAUACGACGUAUGUAAAAAUUGAUCAUUUUUAAUUGAUGAAAUUUCAAAUAUUAGUGCCAUUUAUCUUAUAGUCAUGACUUAACCUUUUAAUAAUUCUUUUCUUUGAUUUCAGAGAAAAUCCAAAAGACUGAGUACCAAAUAAAUAUACGAGAAUUUGUAGUACCCAUUUUGUAAAUAAUGAAAAAUCGGAGCAUCCUUUUCACCUAUCUUAUGUUCUUUCGAUUUUUCCUGAACGUGAAAAUAUAAAAAGAAAUAUUCAAUCCUUAGAACGUUUCCAACAAGUCAGGAAUCGUGAAACAAACACAAUUCACAUCAAUAAAUAUAUUGUGAGUGAAAAAAAAAAGAAAUAACAUAAACAUUGAAAAUACGAUAGACACAGUAAUGGAGCAAGGUAAUGAAGAACAUACAAGUAGUGUUGAGGAACAUCCGAUUGAUAUUCAUGUUGAAACUGUUACGGUGAAGCCUGUGCAACGGAGCAUAAGCUGUCAAACAGAAAUAGUCACACAUAUUUUUUUGCAAUCUUAACUAUUUUAACGAUUUAAACACUGCAGCAGUACAGGUAAAUAUUCCAAUAAAAAAAACACAAAAUAAAUUUUGUGAAGCUAAAAUACCAAUUAUAAAAAAUGCUAAAGAUUCGAGUUGUGAUCCAAUAAAUAUAGACCUUAGUAAAUCUUGUCAAGGUUUUCAUGAACUCUCUUCAAUUACUACCGACGAAGCAAUGAGCAGUUUAACAGGUGUGACAUUAGCAAUUUUUUCAUGGCCUUUAACUAUGUUACCAGACUGUAAAGCCUCUAAAGUAGACAAAAAAACUAGUUUCCUGAUAACAUUAGUCAAAUUGAAGACGGGUUUAUCAUUUACUGCAUUGGCAGUAAUUUUCAAUAUUCAUAGAACAACUGCACAUAGGAUAUUUGUGAAACACAUACAGCAGUUAAAUAUUUUGCUACAGAAUUUCAUCGUUUGGCCAUCAAAAUCAACAAUACGUGCAUCUCUACCUGAAUCUUUUAAGCGGCAUUACCCAGAUACGCGUGUGAUAAUUGAUUGUACUGAAGUUUACACUGAAGUACCACCAGAAGUUAAUCAAAAAGUAUUAAUGUAUUCUGAAUAUAAACAUCAUCAUACUGUCAAGUUUAUGGUGGGUUAUGCACCAGAUGGAUUUAUAACUUAUGUUUCCAAAUGUUAUGGUGGCCGUGCUGGUGAUUGCUUCAUUACAAGCGAUUGUGGUUUGGUUGAUUUAAUUGAACCCGGUGACGUUGUUCUUGCUGACAAAGGAUUUCCCCAAAUUAAAACUCAAGUCGAAAACAAAAAUGCUAUUUUUAUUAUGCCUCAUUUUGGCCACAAAGAUCAAUUCACCCCUGAAGAAGUUGACGAAACAUACAACAUUGCUUCUGUGAGGAUACAUAUAGAACGAGUAAAUCAACGAAUUAAGGACUUUAGAAUUCUGUCAAAAGUACCUAAUUCAUUAUUUCUUCAUAUUGAUGAAAUUGUUUUUAUUAUUUGUGCUUUGGUAAAUGUAUAGAAGCCAUUGUUUAAAGAAAAAGAAGUUGACAAAUAAGCCUUUUUCAAAUAAUUGUAAAAACUGAAUUAAAUUUCUAAUUAUAUAAAAUAAAAACAAAUUAAUUUUAACUUUAAAUUCUCAGUCUUAGAAAUAACAACUACAAUAACAUUUUUUCAAUACUGCACAUUUGGUCGAUUGCAAAAUUAUUUUUAAGUCAUUUUAUAAUUUAUAUCUAAAAAGUAAUGCACUAAUGAUAAUCAUAAAUGUAUUGUUACUUAGUUAAGUCUUUGGCGUAUAAUUUUUGUAUGUAUUGGAUAAAAUAAAACUUUUUAAGAUGAGGUAUUAAGUUAUUCAACAAUUGAUUGUUGAACGGUAAGUAACACACUACCUUUUGGCGAGUACACGUACAGAUCACAAAACUUUAUAUUAGUCACAUAUAUCUGCAGGUGGACCUGAAUGUUAAUUAAAUGUGUUGUACUCAAAUGUAAUCCAUUUUCAUCAACUUUUAGAUAUGGAACAUUUGACUGGCUUAAACCAGCAUCCCAAACAGGAAUAUCGCGGCAAGUAUAUGGACAUUUAAUUUCUAUGAGCCGCUUUUGCCAUACUUCAUUCCCAUAAACGAGGAUUGCGUCCGGAGAACAGCUUAGCCACGGUUGUUGCAGACUAAUUAUUACACCAACUUUAACAAUCUCUCACUUUGGAUCAACUAACUGUUUAUAUUCUUUCAAUGGAAAAUCCUCAUUGUUUUUUCCGUACGUCAUCGCUGCAUUUUUUGUUAGUUUUGGGUAUAAUAUAUCUGCCACAACUUUUUCAAUAUUAAAACGUUGACGUUUCAACCUGUAUCCAUAACUUCUUGACUAAAUAUUACAUUACAAUUUUGCAAUAUAAAUAUAUCAUUUACUACUUUUUUCGCCUUCUCCUGGAGGACUUCUUUAGCCUUAGUUUGUAUUAUUUGUAACAUUGAUUCUGCUGGUGUUAUUACAAUAUCUUCUUUCUCUUCAAGCUCUAAGAUUUUUAGAAGCGGUGUAUUUUCCAAAGAUUCCGGCAUACUUGCUACUGUAAGUUUGAUAGGUUUCAACUUAGUCAUUUCAGCAGACAAAACUGGGGGAGGAAAGAGUUUGGACAUCCUUUCACCUUUGUCGUAUCCUAGUAAUUGCUUUUGAGUAGGCUUACCCCAUUGCUGAGAAUGACUCCUUUUCGAUGACGAUGUUUCGGGAGAAUUAACGUAAUGAAUUAACGCACAUAUAUGCUUACACUUGCCUCUAAGACCAGCUUUACAGGUGCAAACAGCGUUACUAACGUGUCGGUUUGUAUCAACCUGAAAAUAAUAAUUCUAUAAUUUUUCUUAUAAAUUAAUAGAAAAAUUUCGCAGUUUUAUAAUUUAAGUGCAAUAAAUAAUUUUUUAUUUUACUUUUAUACUUACAGAAAUUGUCACUUUAUAAAGAUUUGAUACACUUGUCUGUGGUACAACUUUACCGGUUAUGACAGUUCUAAUUUUACACAUGCUUUGAUUUGAAUAAUUUUUUGCCUUUUUCAUCGUUCUCGCCAUGUAUUAUAUUAUUAACUACAGGUUGAAAUCCAUAUUUUAUAAUUUUUUCCAUUGUUAUAACUUUUUUUAAUGUUAUCAAAUAUUUGUUUUGAUCCCACUACGUUCACCAAUGAAACACCAGAGAGCGCUCACUCCGACACUAGUGCUGCCUCUAUAUUUCACGCACGAUCCCUAUUUACUGGAAGCUCUGUGACAGUUAUUUUCCUGUUAAUGAUAGACUAAAGGUUUCGUUGACAAAAAAUUUUGGUGAGUCAUUUGGAUUAGAUGAAAUGGCGCUUUCUUUUUACAUGUUUUGAUUAUAUGGUACAAAUCAUCUGGUGAAAAAAUAUUUUGAUUUUUUUUCGCACAUGACUCAAUAAUGGCAAAAUCUGAGUCAUUGGACAAAUAGCUGUGUCCACUUACCAAAAAUUUCAUGUCAAUUAACUUAAGACAACUUAAGACGGUUUUAAUAUUUCUGUUUUGCCCGGUAGGGGAGGGUGGGGCAAGUUGACGACCUUAAGGGAAAUGACGUAUAAAUAAUUGGGAAAAUUAUACUAUUUAUUUUAAUUAGGGGAAAUUAAACACCUUAAUGUGCUAAGAAUCAAACAUAUAUUUCAAAAAUUAAAUCAAAAUGCGCAUAUAAAAUUGUAGAACAUAACAAAAAAAAGUAUAAUUUCUUACAACUUGCCCCAUAGUGGGGUAACAUGACGAACAUAUAGGGGCAAGACAAUUAAUUAUUACAGAAGUCACAAAUAAAUUCAAUUUCCCCAUCAAAUUGACUACAUAACUCAUGCCACCACUUUUUACAUUUACUACACAUUAUCCAGUCGUCAAUAGGGGGAUCUUAUAUUGUUCCAUACAUCCAGGGCAGAAAAUCUUAGACUCUGGUUCUACCGUUUUUGAUGUUUUCGCACUAUCCAUAAAAACCGAACGCUUAACUUGUUUCUUUUCUUUAAUAUUUUUGACCAAUUGUCUGUAGUUUUCUUCGAGCUCCUCUUUAUUGGGAGUGUUAUAUUAUUAUGUAUUAUGUUGUCAAAAUACCACUUUUUCUUUCUCUGGGCACUCCAGAUGGACCAGCUAUGGCUUCUACGAUAGUUUCUUUUACCAUUGUUGAUGUGUUUUCUUUCUGUGAUUCACUGCUUCCAUCCUCAAAUCCUAUAAUACACAGUCUAAUUUUUUUUGUUAAUAAGGGCUCAUUAUCGCUUGAGUCAUCGGCAUGAUUUUCAGGAAUUUGGCGUUCACUGAAAUUGGAAGUUGCAAAAUCAACAUCAGUAAAGACUUGAGGGUUGAAUGGCUCUAUUCCACACUUUUCAAAACUGUUUACUGCUGUCCCAACUCUGGCUGCUUUUAAAUAGGCCACACCAAACAAUUUAGCUACCUCUUUAUCUGUUAUUGCUUUUCCUGGAUUGUUGAACCAUAAAAUUCUCACAAGCUUGACUAUAAUAGGUUUUCAUAGGGCCAAAAAAACUCACAUCUAAUGGUUGGAGUCGGUGAGUUGAGUGGGGUGGAAAGCUCACCAUUAUAAUGCCGUUCUCUCUGCACAAAUUUACCGCUUGAAGUGAUCGAUGAGAGGCAUGAUUGUCAAGUAACAGUAAAACUGGACUUGCUGGUGAAGGGUUUGCAUACUUAAUAAAAUGGUGAAGACAUAAAAUAAAAGUUUCAUUUGUCAUCCACCCGCUUUGUUGGGCAAUCCCGUCGCUGUUGGGAGGACUACCGUUCAGCAAUUCCGGCCUCAUUCUCACUCUUGGGAAGAUAAACCAAGGUGGAAGAUAUGAUCCUUGAGCAUUUAAGCAACAAACUAUUGUUAUAUUUUUACCACGUUCGGCGCUGGCAACUUUUGCUACUCUUCGGCAGCCGGUAGGAGACAAAAUUUUUGGUUGUUUGGUUGGAACCGUUGAAAACCCGCUUUCAUCAGCGUUGUAAAUUUUGUCCGGGGAAAAAUUGUAUUUAAGUCUAACUUCUCUCAGCAAGUCGAAAAACCUGGUUACUUCCACUCUAUUGAAGCUCAUUAGUCGGCCUAAAGAUGUUGACUCGGGACUUCUAAGACUUAAAUUGUGUCUUUUCAUAAAUGAAAUUAGCCAAUCUUUACCGGCUAAUUUAAGAUCAUUGUUAAACUGGUGCUUGAUAUUAUUUACUUCCGCAAAUUCGUAAGCUAGUUUUCGACAUUCUUUUGAUGUGAGACCAAAUGCCGUCACAUUAAAUUCCUUUAAAUAGUUAGCCAAUUCGCGUUCUUGUUCAUUACUAAAUGUUCUUUUAAACCGACCACCAGAUGUUGGAAGAUCUUCCACAUUAUUUUGUUUCUUAACAAAUCUUCUUAAGGUUGCUUCUGGAAUACCAUAUUGGAUACUUGCAAUAUUGACGGAUUGAUUGUCAUGUUGGACAUCAUGUAAUGCUGCGAUUAGGCUGUCUUCUGACCAACUGCGCCGCUCAGUUUUUCUAAUGUAGGUUCUCACCAUCUGAAAAGAGCAAAACAUUUUAAAUAUUACAAUAUUACAUAUUAUGUACAUAUUAGGGGGCAAGUUGACGAAUUCGUCAUCUUGCCCGCGCCAACUUGCCCCUUUAUAACCUAAAAGUUAUUUUAGGAAACAAAACAAAACACAAACACAUAUUAUGUUUUAUAUAUUGAAAGGUUUACACCUUACGGCCUAUAAAUACGAUAUAAGUAUGUAUCUAAAUGAACUUACCUUUCUUUUUGUUGCUAAACCUUAUUUAAACUACGAAAUAUUAGAACCACAAUAGCGUAAUUUGUCAACAUGCUCUUAAGCGCCAACGAACAAUACUGACAGAUUCAGCUUGGAAAUAUUACAAGGGCGCCGGGUUAUAGACCUUCUGCACCCAUGGUUAAAAUUUAAAAUAUUUUUUCUUAGGAGAUAAACGGAAUUCGUCAUCUUACCCCGUCCGUUAACUUGCCCCACUCUCCCCUACACAAAUCCGAAUAUGUUUUUAUUUUUUCGAAGUUUGCAGCGUAAGUCUUUAUGUACUUUAUUAGACAAGAUGAAAUUUCUUUAGAUCCACGAAAUCUUUCAGUUUCUGGCCAAACAAACAUGUGGUUUAUAUUUUUAUUGAAUUCAUGACAUCCAAAAUUAUAAACAUAUAAAUUUCGCUUAUAAUAAGCUACGGAUGUGGUCAACUUGGGAAAAGCUAAAGCUUUUCGAUAAACGCCUUCUUGGAUCAGACUUUCUGUUGAUAAAUUGUAUUGAAGAAUCAUCACUGCUUUCCUCACUCACAUUAUUAUUCUCACUCAUAUUGAUUAUAACGGUAUAAUAUUUAUUUCUUAGAAACAAUAUGGGAGUGAUGUUGAAAAGACUAAGAAGUACACAAUAACAUUCAGCAUGCGGGAUCACUGCUAUACUAACUACAGUUUGCAUUGUGCUUCUUUUGAUUUGUUUAUCGAUGCUAUUAUAUUACGAAUAUUAUUGAGAGAGAGAGAGAGAGAGAGCAUUUUCGGCUGUUUAAAAACAAAUAAGCGUCGAUGCACGGCCAUAACAGAUACGGCGUUACUGAAACGAUUUACAUUAGAGUAUGGAGUUAAUCGAAAUGGCUUCUGAAAUAAAUUACUUACUAUUCAAUGGCCAAAAAAAUUUGCCAUUUAACGGUGCUAAUCUUUAUUAUUCAGAAAAGUUAUUAUAAAUAUAAAAAGUUAUGACUAUACCAAGGGCUUUGGCACUUAAAUUUAAGAUUUUUCUAAAAGUGGAGUUAAUCGGUGUGUGCACUCAGCGGCUCAUAUGUUACUUUUUGUGAACCUUGAAAACUGUCUCAACUCAGGAGUUUAUUAUAUUUUCACCGCUUGCUUAAAAAUUACUGGUCAAAAUAUCAUUUUGUAUAUAACUUUAUUCGGUAUUUCUAGUUUUUUAGAUGCUUUACAAAAUGGAUAAAAUGGACACAAAUAUAAAAUGUAGGUAAUGAUGCCCAAGCAAGUACUUAAUUCCAAUUAACAAUCUUUUCAAGAUGUUAUACUAAACUUGCAUAACAAUAAAUAAUUAAUGUUUUUCAGAUGAUUAUAUACAUAAUAGGUUUUGGUCCAUAUUUCGUCAUCGUGUGAUAUAUACUUCGCAGUGGUAUUAAUAUUCUUCAUAUACGUGGCAAAAUUAUAAGGAAAAUAUUUCCUUAGAAUUGAACAUGCCAGUAUUCGAUGUAGUUUUAUUAUAUUAGGAGAACAAACCUAGUACCGUUCAAGUUGCAACAUAGAAAAAAAGCUUAGUUAAUCUGUGAUAAAUUUUAAUACUAACGUUAAAUUGGCUUUGAUUUAACUAAUAAUUCAAAUUAUCCCUACUGAAUGAGUUUCUAUGAGCAUAAAAAGUUAUAUUUUUGUAUUGACACAGUGGUAUUUUGUAACUUGGAUAUCAGAUUUAAAAGAUGGGAAUGGGGUGAACCCUAUUGAUUAUCUGUAUAUUAACCUAUUAAGGGAAAAAGUCACAUAAUGUCAAUCAUGGGAGUGAAUCCUUCUGAGUGCACUUAUUCUAAGAAACAAUAAGUGUUCAAAAUUUCAUAUUCUAUACAUAUUUCUCAACUUACUAUCAUGAAAUUCAGUGGGAUUUUUUACUAUUUAGUAAAUGAUUUAAAAAUAAUUUCGAAUUAUUUAACAUAAAUCCAUGAUUUAUGAUUUAUAAUUUUAUAAAAGUAUAUUUUUUCUAUUCUCAAAAUAAUGUAGUAUUGCUGUUUUAGGAUUUUUUUUUAUAAUUAUAUUUCAUUCAUUACACUUAUAUAUUAUUUUAUGUCAAGUUCUUAGAUAAUAUUUAGAAACUACAUUCCUCAUAUUCUCUAAUUUGGCAACUAACUCUCUAAAUAUUCACUUAGUUCCCAUGUUUCAGUUACAUUUAUGAGAGUAUUCUCAAAAAUUAAAUGUAUUUUCGGAUUUCACACAUCUAAAUAUACACUUAGCUCCCAAUUUUCGUCUAAAACACUAUCUAUAUAACUAUAUGACAACUGUUAACGCUAUUUAAUCAUCCAAAUUCAAUUACUUCUAAGAUAUAUUAUUUACAAGAACUAAGAAUUUGCAGGAUAAAUUUCAGUAAUAUUUAUAUUGAACAGCUUUAAUACACUUAAUUGCCACUUAUAUACAAACUCUAAAAAGUACACCAUAACGUUAUAUGGAUCUUAAUAAAAAUAAUUGUUCAUUCUUCAUUUGAUAAGAUUGAGUGUUGGGUAUAUUUAAAUAAUUGGUACAUCACAAAAUCAAAGUUUUAUUUUGUACAAUCCAAUAUGGUCUAAAAUACCAAUUUUAAUCUCCACAAAAUUCCAUUUUUUUUUAUUUUCAAUAUUAGAUUGAUAGAACUGCUUCCUAUCUCCCAUUUCAUUUUCACCUUUUGUGUAAAUGCAAUAGAUGCAAAUGCAAACAGGAGUUCACUCACCUCUCCCUCCUGCAACUCAGUGAAAAGAUCUUACGUAUUUUCUUAAUGAUUUGUGUUGAGAUGUUGUAGUAUUAGAUCUUUAUCUUAAGAUUUAUAAUUUAAUUAUUUUGAAUAUAUUAAAAAUAUACCACCUAGUGUAUUUUAAAUAUAUUGAAAAUGUACAACCUGGUGUAGCUUGUACUGAGUAAACCACUAUAACAUCUCAACUAAUACAUAUUUUUGUUAUCAAUUUUUUCUACCAUCAACCUGAUAAUUCCACUAUUUAUUUCCUACUUAAUUUUAUUUCACGAUCUUGGUCCUUUAUUAGCAUAAGAAAAAUCUUAUUUAUAAAAUUUUCUUUUAAAAAUAUAUACUUAAAUCAGUUGUUAGACUAUUAAUUUGAUGAAUGUGUGUAUGAAUGUGCAGAUUGACAUGUGAUAAGAAAUUUUUUGUGAAAAUGUAUGGAUUCAAUUACAUUGUUUUCUUUUUUGUAUGGAUAAUAAAAUUCAAAGUUUCA